AUGAGCGCUUCUAGGUUCAUCAAGUGUGUUACUGUUGGGGAUGGAGCUGUGGGUAAAACUUGUUUGCUAAUUUCCUACACUAGCAAUACCUUCCCCACUGAUUAUGUGCCAACUGUCUUCGACAACUUCAGUGCAAAUGUGGUUGUGAAUGGAAGCACUGUUAAUCUGGGUUUGUGGGAUACUGCAGGACAAGAGGAUUAUAACAGAUUAAGACCUUUGAGUUAUCGUGGUGCCGAUGUUUUCAUUUUGGCUUUCUCCCUCAUUAGCAAAGCCAGUUAUGAAAAUGUUUCCAAAAAGUGGAUUCCAGAGUUGAAGCAUUAUGCACCUGGUGUUCCCAUUAUUCGGGAUGACAAGCAGUUCUUUGUUGACCAUCCUAAUUUAGAACUAUUUUUGACACGGGCAAUGGAGAAACUUGACAUUCAGAGAUAUACCAGGGAAGCUGGUUUGAGAAAUUUGGUGAGGAACUUGGCCGGACAAAAUUAG